AUGACGCGGCAUCUCCCUACUAUCCUCAUCCAUCCCUUCAAGGCGUUUCGCCAGUCGCCCUGGGCAUCUCCGCCCGCCAUUCCACCCCGAAUUAACCCGUCCUUGCUGGUUGAAGAGGAAAACUCUCCCUACUAUGAGGCAGCCUAUUUUUAUCCGGUGCGGAUCGGUGAAAUCCUGAAUGAUAGAUAUCAAAUUGCGACCAAGCUUGGCCAUGGAAGCAGAUCGAGUGUGUGGCUUGCAAGGGACCUUAACCAGUGGCGCUGGUCGAAAGAGCGCUAUGUAGCUCUUAAAAUCAACUCCAAUAAUUCCCAUGCACGGAAAGCUGCUGGUGGCGUUGAGCUGGAGAUUCUACAACAUAUCACGAAAAAAAACCGUCAACAUGAAGGCUGGCAGAUCGUUCGAAAAUUACUUGACUCAUUCUCCGUUCAAGGAAUCUCAGGGAGUCACGUAUGUCUCGUCUUCGAGCCUUUACGGGAGUCGCUGGGAAAGUAUUGCAAACGAUGGCAAGAUGGUGUGAUACCACCGGAGAUUUUCAAGAUAAUCCUCCAAGAAAUCCUCCAGGCGCUUGAUUAUCUCCACACCGAAUGUCAUAUCAUCCAUACUGACUUGAAGCCGGAUAAUAUCAUGGUACGACUGGAAGAUCGUCAGCUCCUGGCCCAGGAUGCUCGAGAUGAGUUUGAAAACCCACUACCCCAGAAGCAUUGCGAUGACGGACGCAUCAUCUAUUUGUCUCGUAAGGACUAUGGGCCGCUGAAGGACAUCCUCAGUCUGGUUGAAGUCGUCGACUUUGACCUCGCAGUCCAAGGUGAUGUUCCACAGGAUGGUUGUAUCCAGGCCGAGGUAUAUCGUGCACCUGAGGUUAUACUUGACAGAGGGUACACGUAUAGUGCUGAUAUAUGGAGCCUGGGAGUUAUGCUAUGGGAUUUUCUAGAAGGACGAACACUGUUUGAAUCAGUUGAUCCCCGCAUCGUUGGAGAAUACGAUGACGAAACGCACCUUGCGUAUAUAACAUCGCUUUUAGGCCCUGCCCCCAAAUAUGUCGUUGGCCGCGGUAAGAGAACAUCGAUGUUCUAUACGGCUGCUGGAACACUCAAAAAUGAAGACCUGGUCCCUAGUAACUUUAGCUUCGAAAGCACCCUCUCCAAGUUUCAUGGGGAAGAGAAGAGGAUGUUUGUUAACUUCGUCGAGCGGAUGAUCAAAUGGAACCCCGACGAGCGAAGUACAGCGAAGGAGCUACUGCAGGAUCCAUGGCUUCAUAACGACUAUCCGCAAACAUGAGGCUUUGUAAGUAUCCUCACUCCUUGACCGCUCACUAUCAGAGCCAGAAAUCUAAAAUCCUGGAAAGGAAUAGAGAGAAG